GAUGCCCAGAUCAUUAAUUGGCUGCAUGAAUUUCGAGCCUCUGUUGCAUAUUUGACCAAAGAGCUUGAACAACUGGUCAGCAUUUUGCUGAAGCUUCCAUGGUUGAGAAGAAGCCGAGAGGUAGUGGAAGAAUAUCUGGGUUUUCUUGGCAACCUAGUGUCAGCCCAAACUGUCCAUCUUAGGCCGUGCCUCCGGAUGAUUGUGUCACAGUUUGUGCCCCCUCGAAUAACCAUCAGAGAGGAUGAUGUGGAUAUUUCAGAUUCUGAUGAUGAUGAUGAAAACCUUUCUGAAAACUUUGAUACAUGUCAUAGAGCAUUGCAAACUGUUGCAAGAUACGUUCCUUCGACACCACAAUUUCUCAUGCCGAUACUUGUGGAAAACUUUCCUUUCAUUAAUAAAUCAGAAAGAACUCUGGAAUGUUAUGUUCAUAACCUGCUACGAGUUACGAUGUACCUUCCAACUCUGAGGCUUCAAAUUCUGGAGCUUAUUGUUGAAAAGCUGUUAAAGUUGGAUGUUAGUACUCCACAGCAAGAUAUUGAAGAUGCUGAAGAAACUGCUAAUAACUCUGACAGUGAGGAAAAAUCUACAGAGGAGGGACUUUUUGACAUGGAGGAAGAUGAAGAAAGAAAAGGAAACAAAGUUGUCUCUUCCAGCAGUGAGAGAAUGGCCCAUCCGCUUGCAGAGCGCCUGGAUAUUUUGAUGACCAUCCUGUUUUCCUAUAUUAAAGACGUUUGCCACGUGGAUGGCAAGCUUGAUAUCAGCAACACGAAGGAUUUGUAUCGGGAUCUCGUUUCUGUUUUCGACAAGCUCAUUUUACCAACUCAUGCUUCAUGUCAUGUACAAUAUUUCAUGUUUUACAUCUGUAGCUUUAAAUUGGGCUUGGCUGAGGCAUUUUUAGACCAUCUUUGGAAAAAACUGCAUGAUCCAAACAAUCCUUCAGUGAUCAGGCAGACUGCUGGGAGUUAUAUUGGCAGCUUCUUGGCAAGAGCUAAAUUUAUUCCAGUUGUUACAGUAAAAGCAUGCCUGGAUCUCCUGGUGAACUGGUUGCACAAGUACAUUGAUAAUCAGGAUACAGGGGCUAACGCUUACUGUGAUGUAGCUCUCCACGGGCCAUUUUAUUCUACGUGUCAGGCAGUGUUCUACACACUUAUUUUCCGUCAUAAGCAACUUUUGGAUGGAAACUUAAGGAAAGGUCUGUCAUAUCUGCAGAGUUUAAAUUUUGAGCGUAUUGUCAUGUGUCAGCUAAACCCCCUGAAGAUUUGUAUACCCUCUGUGGUGAACUUGUUUGCUGCCAUUACCAGGAAAUACCAGUUGGUGUUUUGCUACACAAUUAUUGAGAGGAACAAUAGGCAGUUUAUUCCAGUUGUUCGGAGCGGCGCUGGGGGUGACCUUGUGCAGACGUGCACUAACCCACUUGACAGUUUCUUCCCCUUUGAUCCCUACAUGCUCAAAAGAUCAAAGAAGACUAUUGAUCCUUUUUAUCAGUUUUGGGAAGAGCUGAGUGCUGAAGAUCUUGAGAAUCUCAAGAAACCCAUUAAAAAGGGUACUUCUGAAGAUGAAGAUGAUGACUUUCUGAAAGGAGAAACCCCUCAAAAUGAUGGUGUCGUUGGAAUUGCUCCAAAUUCUUACGAGUCGAAUACGCGGAGCCCAGUGAGCAGCCUGGGCUCCCCUCCAGACGGUUACGCGCCGUACCUUCAAUGACAUGGGGAAUCAGAAGUGAAAAGGUUGAAAACCAUGUGCAAUUUUUUGCUCUGUAAAGAGACUUCAGCUCAACUUUCCAAACUGGCAAAUGUUUAAGUAACUACAUUUAAGAAAAAGUUAUUGUUUCUUAAUCAUGAGAUUUCUACAGAUACGUUACGAUAAAGCCGGAUGUUGCUAGAAAAGCUUAGAGAAUAAAUAGGGUGGUAUUUUACAAA